CUUGUUGGCCUUCCAGCCUACCACUGCGAUGAAGCCCUGCAGACUCUGGAUUGCGGUGAAGGGGUUUACGGUGGAAGGCAAGGCCGGUGCCGAAGUGAAGGUCUCGGAAGGGAGUCUCCUGAGCCAAGAGGACAUCCGUGGUGUCUCUCCAGGGGGAGCUUUCUGGGCUAAGGUUCUGGACACGGACAAAAGGGUCAAGGUGCCUCCGUGGGCCGCCCGGGAGCUGACCGGCACCUAUUCGGGGCUCCUGGAGGCGGUGACCAAUGCCGACGAGCGGCUGGCUCUUUUCAAGCAGGAUCGCUUGAUGCUCAGGCUGAGUACCCUCCGGAAAGGGGACCCUGUGAAAGUUCAGAUCACGUCUGCCUCUGGGCGGAAAGUUCGGGGUGUUAUCCGGUACCGGGGGCCCGUCGGCAAAAGCAAGCAUGAUACGUGCAUCAUCUUUGGCGUAGAGCUGGUGGGUUCAGCCGCUGGAAAAGGGUUUACCGACGGCUCUUUCAAAGGUCAGAAGUUCUUCAGCUGCCGAGAGAACGGCGGUGUCUUCGUGCCCGCCAGCCGGAUCGAGCCCGAGGAUUGGGUCGAGGUUAGCCCACCUCCGGUGUCCCCAAAAGCCAAGGUCCGGGAAUGCGCUAGGAUCGAGCUGACGUCAAGCCACCCUCUGUCACCCCCCAGUAUAGAGAUUGGGGACCGGGUUUCCUUCAAGAUGGAUGACAGCACCCCUACUGGCACGGUGGUGUACUGCGACCACCUUCCCAAGAAGCUCGAAACGGGUGUAUUUGUGGGCAUCCUGCUGGACGAGCCAGUUGGUUCCUGGGAUGGUUGCUUCAAAGGCCAGGCCCUCUGCUGCAUCCCUUCUCCCGAAUAUGGGAUUCUGCUUCCUGUCUCUAAAGUGUGUAAAGAAAAAGCUGAUAGAGGUGCUGAGACGUUGGUCAGCAGCAUCUCCUUGUCCACCUCAGACGAGUAUAAGGAAUGCCUGCUCCCCUCAUCCAUUCGGUACCCUCCUAUGAUGGAAGAGUCUUCCCUCAACAAACCUCCCAGCUUGGGCCCUUCCUCUGAUUGGGAGAUUCUGCCAACGAAAGAAAGGGUAGCUUCAGAGCAGGGAGAAGCUGAGGAUGGAGAAGAGGACCAAGAAGAGGAUGACGAUGAUGAUGAUGACAAUGUAGAGUACAACCAACACCACCUGGAGAUCAAUUCCAUGGUAGAGGUCAACAAUCCACCAAUCUAUGGGGUCAUCCACUGGAUUGGAGAGCUUCCUGGCAUGGCCGAGACCAUUGCAGGAUUGGAGCUGGAGGAGCCGCUACCGUCGGGCUGUACGGACGGACAAUACGGAGGGAUCCAGUACUUCCACUGCCAACCAAACAAGGGACUUUUUGUCAAACUGCGUCGCUGCCGCCCCGAUUCUCGCUUCGGCACCCUGCAAAACCUGGAGAAUCCUGUUCUGAGAUGCAACUCGUUGGACUUCCGAGUGUACGCCAGCGAGAGAGUGGAAGAGGACACGCCGCCCCCACCCUUGGGUAGCGAGGGAAGGGACCAUCUGUCAGGAUGGAAGAAGGGGAUCCAAGGCCAUUGCAAUUCCUGUUAUCUGGAUGCUACUCUCUUCUGUAUGUUCACUUUUACAUCCGUGCUGGAUUCAAUGUUGCUGCGCCCUGCGGACAAGAAUGACGGGAAAUCUUAUACGGAGACACGGGAUCUGCUGAGGACGGAGAUUGUCAACCCCUUGCGCAAGAAUGGCUAUGUCUGUGCCACCAAAAUCAUGACCCUGCGGAAAGUUCUGGAAACAGCUGGACAUUCUUCAGGCUUCACCAGUGAAGAAAAAGACCCCGAAGAGUUCCUCGCCCUUCUGUUCCGCGUGCUGAAGAUGGAGCCGUUGUUCCAUAUUCGCUCAGCUGGUAAAGAACCCCAUGGCUGCAUUUUCUACCAGAUCUUUGUUGAAGAUCACCCACCAAAGAUGGUGCCCACAGUCCAGGAGCUUCUUGAAGGAUCACUAGUCUCUGGAGACCUCAAGUUCACCGAGGCCCCCUCCUGCCUCAUCCUCCAGAUGCCACGAAAUGGGAAGAACUUCAAGGCCUUCCACACCAUUCAGCCCAGUCUGGAGCUUGACAUCACAGACCUCUUGGAAGAAACCCCUCGGGAGUGUUGCAUUUGCCAAGACCUGGCUGUUACGGAGUGUCUGGAUUGCUACAGAGACCCCAGCCUUGGCGAUCUGCACAUCAAGCAGUUCUGCAAGAUCUGCAAUCAGCAGGUUCACAAGCACCGGGCCCGGCAUGGCCACCAGCCGCGUCCGCUGCAUCUGCCAGAGGGAUUCUCCCGCUUGGGCUCUGUCCCUGGGGUCCCCCCUCGUCAGACGAUGCAGCUCUUUGGGGUUCUGUGUAUCGAAACCAGCCACUACGUCGCGUUCACUCGCCAUGGCCCAGAUGUCCACCAGUGGCUUUUCUUUGACAGCAUGGCUGACCGUGAGGGUGGAGUGAACGGCUUUAACAUCCCUCGCAUCACGCCCUGCGCAGAGGUGGCCGACUACUUGGGAAUGAGUCCCGAGGCGCUCCAGGGCUUGGACCCCAAAUCCUUGCCCACGUACGCUCGCCGCCUGCUCUGCGACGCCUACAUGUGCUUCUACCACAGCCCUUCUCUGGGCCUCUACAAAUAGGUUCUUGGAUUGAGCCUUCGAGGUGCCAAGCAGCCCAAGGAGUUCAGACUGGGGUCUCGCUGUGGAUAUGGGUCUUCAACCAGAGAGAUUUGGAUAUGGGAUGAUGGCCCAGUCUAGCCAACAAAGUGGAAACGAGAGCUCCAGUUGCAUGGAGCUCAGCUCUUGUUUAGAACACAAAGAUUAUUAUUAAGUUUCUUUGGGCUUGUGUAAAAUGAGACUAGGUGAAGGCCCUACAAGCUGCUGCCUUGGGAUUGGCCUGGAGAAAGUGUUUAAAUUGGGCCAAAGUACUUUUCUCAGGGGGAGCAUGGUGGCGCUGCGGGUUAAACCGCAGAAGCCUCUGGGCUGCAAGGUCAGAAGACCAGCCGUCGUACGAUCGAAUCCAUGCCACGGAGGGAGCUACCGUCGCUUGUCCCAGCUCCUGCCAACCUAGCCGUUCGAAAGCACACAAAUGAGAGUAGAUAAAUAGGUACCACC